UCUCCAACUGCCGUAACGGAAUUCUUAAAAAAAUCAUGGAAUCUGUCGGAUCCAAUCAAAUAUCUCCGUUCGUCAGUAACCGUGACCAACGGCAUUUCUUGGCUCAACCGGUUGCAGAUAGGAUACUUCGAGCUCUCCGUCACCGGAUCCGCCUUCUCCACCGUCCUAAUGCCGGAACGUUUCAUGUUCUCGGUGCAACGUGUAACGUCUACACCGUGACGCUAAUGGCCACACCUACUUGCACUUGUCCCGACCGUAAGAAGCCGUGCAAACACAUCUUGUUUGUCUUAAUUCGAGUUCUUGGAAUUCCUCUCGACGAUAAGUGUCUCAGGCAACGGAGACUCCGGCCAUGUCUACUCUUCCGUCUCUUCUCUGCCCCGACACGGCCUGACUGCCUCGCCAGUUUCCGCCUCCAGCAACGGUUUCUUCAGCUUUUCUCAGCCGCCACUUCUCAACCCGGCUAUACUACUAACGCAUCCUCCUCCACCAGUAAAAUGGAAAAUGAGGUGGACGAAGAGCCGGCAACAUGUCCAAUAUGUCUAGACGAUAUAAACGCCAUUAAAAACGUAGGCGGUGAAAAGGGUGGAUGCGAGGAGAAGGAAAUCGCGGUGGUGAAGUGCAGAGUCUGCAAGAACAAGGUUCAUGAAGAAUGCAUGCUGGCGUGGAGGAGGAGUCGUGGACGGCGGCCCGGCAUCUGCGUGGUAUGUCGUGCACGGUGGCCAGCCAAUAGUUCUAGUAAGAAUCCUAAUAUUGGUGGUAAUAAUGAGAACUGCCACGGUAAUUGUUACUUGAAUCUAGCUCCUUACGUUGAUGAGGAAGUGGAGGAUGGGGUUGGCACGAGCCAACGCCCAUAAACUUCAAAGAAACGCUCAGAUUCGACAGUUCCAUAUAUCAACAAACAUUUCAAGCUCUUAUCUGAUGUAUCUGUUUUGAUGGAUCAAAGUCGGGUUUUGCGGUUUCUAGGCCAAGUGGAAACCUGUAGAGUUGUUCUUCUCAUGCUUAUGGUUGUUGCCUUCGUUUCAGGCCUUCAGUAUUUCGAGCUCGCUCCAGUACUAUCUAUUGUUUCGCCUGGAAACGGCACUGUUUCUGAAUACAGAGAAUCCAAUUAUACCACCAAAAGUACUGAAAAUGAAACGUUUCUUGCAUCUCAAGAAGCAUCCACUGAGCUUAAACCAUAUAACAACAUCACUACGGAGGUUUUGAAGAGUUCUGAGCACAAGUUUCUGAAUGAUUCUCCCAAAAUAGAAGCUUCUGGACAAAGUAGAAGAAGCAAUGAAACCGCAAGUUCUCUGCAUUCUCUUCAACCCAAGAUUCCUCAAAUCCACAAGAAAUAUCCCCACAGGAGCACAAAAAAGCCACCAGUAGUUGUCAUAUCAAUAACACAGAUGAACAAUAUGAUAUUGAAGCGUCAUAACGAUCCAAAAAAUUCACUUGCACCUCGUUGGGGAUCAAAAGUGGACGAAGAGCUUAGAACUGCAAGAGACAAGAUCAAGAACGCGGCUUUGGUCAAGAAGGAUGAUAAUCUCUACGCGCCUCUCUACCACAACCUAUCCAUCUUCAAAAGGAGCUAUGAGCUAAUGGAACAAACUCUGAAAGUGUAUGUCUACUCGGAAGGGGACAGACCCAUCUUCCAUCAGCCUGAGGCAAUAAUGGAAGGGAUUUACGCAUCAGAAGGAUGGUUUAUGAAACUAAUGGAAAGUAGCCAUAGAUUCUUGACAAGAGAUCCCACCAAAGCUCAUCUAUUCUACUUACCUUUCAGUUCAAGAAUUCUUCAACAGAAACUUUACGUCCAUGACUCUCACAGUCGUAGAAAUCUUGUUAAAUAUCUUAAAAACUACAUCGAUCUCAUCGCUUCCAACUACCCUUUCUGGAAUAGAACCCGUGGCUCCGAUCAUUUCUUCACCGCUUGCCAUGAUUGGGCUCCAGCUGAGACUAGAGGACCAUACAUAAACUGUAUCAGAUCACUCUGUAACGCUGAUGUCGGAGUAGACUUUGUGGUCGGAAAAGAUGUCUCUUUGCCGGAAACAAAAAUCUCUUCGUCACAAAACCCAAACGGAAAGAUUGGAGGUAACCGCCCUUCCAAGCGAACCAUCCUCGCUUUUUUCGCCGGGAACCUACACGGUUAUGUUCGACCCAUCUUGCUUAAACAAUGGUCUUCGAGACCUGAACCAGAUAUGAAGAUCUUUAACCGGAUCGAUCACAAAUCCUACAUCCGAUACAUGAAACGCAGCAGAUUCUGCGUUUGUGCUAAAGGUUACGAGGUGAAUAGCCCUAGAGUGGUAGAGUCGAUUUUGUACGGUUGCGUUCCGGUUAUUAUCUCUGAUAACUUUGUACCACCGUUUCUUGAGAUUCUGAAUUGGGAGUCAUUCGCUGUGUUUGUGCCGGAGAAAGAGAUUCCAAAUUUGAGGAAGAUUCUGAUAUCGAUUCCGGUGAGGAGAUACGUGGAGAUGCAAAAGAGGGUUAUGAAGGUUCAAAAACAUUUCAUGUGGCAUGAUGGUGAACCGGCGAGACCAAGUUCAGCUAAGAGCGAGCCACGCGAUGGGUCUUCUUCUCUUUCUUCCAGAGUCAAGAUCGAUCCGUCCAUUAAGGACAAAAAGAAGAUCGCGACCUCUAGCAGACCGAUCAUGUCGGAUUCCAAACCCAGAUCCUCUGUUUCCACCGUCACGGCGAAAUCCGAGGCGAAACCCAAAGUACCUGUAAAUUCAGUGAAGUCUACAGCAACAACAUCUGCAGCAGUGAGCUUGGCGAAAGGGAAAGCGAAAAGAGAGAAGAAGGUUUAUUCAUUACCUGGACAAAAGUUUGAUCCUCCUGAAGAGAGAGAGCCCUUGAGGAUAUUCUAUGAAUCGUUAUCUAAACAAAUACCUGGGAGCGAAAUGGCUGAGUUCUGGCUAAUGGAACAUGGUAUGUUGUCUCCCGAUAAGGCGAAGCGAGCGUUUGAGAAAAAACAGAGAAAGAUGAAGCAAAUUCGAAUGGGGACACCGACUAAACCGGCACCAACGUUUACAAGUAAAGCGGAGAGUUCUCAAAAAACAUCUGCGUCCAAGAACAACGGAUUAGAUGCAAGAAAGAAGAAGAAAGUCGUUGAUGAUGAUGACGACGACGAUGAUGAUUUCAUCCUAAGCCACAAGAGAAGGAAAGUGUAAACCAUAUAAACUUGUUAUUAGCGAAGAAUAUCCAAUAGCAGAUAAGGUCAAGAACCUUUUAAUUUAAUUACUUGUUAGUGUUUAUCGAAUAAGUGAUCGGAGAUCGUUGCUGUAUAUGCUCAGAAUGUUGUUCAUGGACCAUUGAGGAUGUUUCCAUGAAACAAUAGUUCGGUAUAAAGUUGUUCAUGUAGA